CAUUUGCUGCCAGAAGCUAGGUGUUAAAACAGCUAGCCGAUGAAAGAGGAACUAAUGUGUAUUUAUAAUAUUUCCCCCCCGAUAACCGCUAAAUUAACACUUAGACUCGCCUUCCUAUCUGCCUACGUUACGACACUCUUUAGUAACGUUUUAUGUCUAAACUUGUUUUCUAACGCAGCACGUUGUAAAGUAGGCUAAUGGUUACGACUAACUUGUACAGCAAGUAGGCUUACUUCGAGUGUGAUGCGUCUCGUUUUAUUGUGUUACGUAAAACAAAGCUUUACGUACUUUAUUCAGUUCUAAAUGCUACUAUGGAUGAAUCAUCCAAGCCGACUUGGCUGUCAUGUACACAAGGUUAAAGUUAGCUUUAGCCAGCUCCUCUCUUGCCAUCGUGCUGCAGCGGUUUAUUAAUGUCUAAUGCUGAUUACUGCAAGCAGGUGUGCUUUAAGAAGUAGGCGGGGGAGAGCUUGGCAUUGUGUAGUUAAAACUUCAGGUAUUUUUUUUUUUAUACAAAUAUAUUUUUGUUAAGUGAGGUGACAACAUGCUGCUCUCCCUAGUUGUGCACACUUACUCGCUGCGGUACUGGUUCCCAGCCACCGUCAUGCUGGGGUCGGCUCCAGCAUACCUUCUGUCAUGGGGGGUUUGGCGCCUACUUUCUUCUUUUUUACCGACCAGACUGUAUCACAGGUUAGACGACCGGCUGUACUGUAUCUACCAGAGCAUGGUCCUUUUCUUCUUUGAGAACUACACAGGAGUUGAGAUCAUCAUAUAUGGAGAUAUACCAAAAAACAAAGAGAAUGUUAUCUAUCUGUCCAAUCAUCAAUGUACAGCGGACUGGAUCAUUGCUGACAUGCUGGCCAUAAGGCAGAGUGCCCUCGGCCAUGUCAGAUAUGUUCUUAAAGAUGGGCUCAAGUGGCUCCCACUGUACGGAUGGUAUUUCUCUCAGCACGGAGGUAUCUAUGUGAAACGAAGUGCCAAGUUUGACGUUCAGGCAAUGACAAAGAAGCUUGGAUCUCAGAAUCAGUCAGGAGCACCAAUGUACCUCGUCAUCUUUCCGGAGGGAACGCGGUAUAAUCCCGAACUAAGGAAUGUUAUCGCUGAAAGUCAGGCAUUUGCUGCUAAAGAAGGACUCGCCGUUCUGAGACACACACUAACACCCAGGAUGAAAGCAUCACACAUCGCCCUCGAGACCAUGAGGGGCCACUUGGAUGCGGUUUAUGAUGUCACAGUGGCCUACGAGGGAACACUCGGAGUUGACGGUCAAAGAAAACCAGCGCCUUCAAUGCCGGAAUUCCUGUGCAAAGAAUGUCCGAGAGUCCACAUCCACUUCGAACGUGUGGAUGUCAAGGAAAUUCCUCCUGAGCCGCUCUUCUUCCGCAGGUGGCUGCACGAGCGCUUUGAAAUCAAGGACCGGCUGCUGGCUGACUUCUACGAGCACGACGACCGAGACAAACUAUGCAGCUUCCCAGGCGAGGGCGCACCGUCCCACCUCAGCCUCACCAAAACCCUCCCCUCCGUGCUCAUCCUGGGGGGGCUGACGCUGCCUUUGCUGCUGACGGAGAGCGGCAGGAAAGUGUACUGGAGGACGUGGGUGUACGGGACGCUGGUCGGAUGGCUGUGGGUCAACGCCCUGCCCUGACCAAAGUGUGCCCCGAGGCUGCCGCCGUUCUUUUGUACGCCAACACAAGACGUGGGUCUGUGCUAAAACUGAUUUCCUGUUUGUUUGUUUUUUGCAGCCAGAGGGGAUGAGAAACAAGUGGUUUAGUUUUAUAUAUAUAUAUAUAUAUACAUGAGAUAAAAUACAUAGUCCUACCUUCUGCUCUCCACGCAAAACAUGAAUGCUUCCCAUCCUCCUUCCAUUAUGGCCAAUUCUUAACUCCUUACAUGAUAUUACUCUUUUUAUAAAGCAAAGGUCUGACAUACACAAACUAUGAAGUGCAUUAAUUGGCUAUUAUUUAUGCAAGGUUGCACAUGAUGCACUUAGUUCACUCCUUUGGUCCCACAUAUUGUCAGUGCAUUCAGGUAACCUGUCCAUGCCUCAAACGUCUGGUAAAGCCUCCAGAAGGGCUCCUUCAUCCACCAGCUGCUCAACAUUGGGCUUUGAUACUGAAAAUGAAUGUAGCCAUUGAAAGUAUAAUAUGCAUAUAUGAUGAUGUUGUAUGACUUGAGGGUGAGUUAGUAUUAUGAAUGCAUGCCAACGCUACAAUUGUCCUCCUAAAAACAAAUGUCCAUUGCCAAAUCCUGCUGUUGUCCUUUAUCAGUGUUUUACAUUCAGCAAUAAUUUAUAAAUGGAUCCUAUUCCCUUUUUUCUCCUAAAUGUUACGUUGGGACUAUCUAUCUACCUUGCUGUUAAGCAACAACAAAAGAACAGUGUUAGAAAGCCAUGCAAACUAAAAAGCCAUGUGUGUUAUUUACAUCUCUGCUGUUUAUUCUAUUUCACUUUCCACACGUCGCAGUCUCACUAUUUUUAAAGACAUGUUUUUAUACCUCAUCCAUCAAUCAGUUUACCCUUCUUCUGUGUUCCAAUAUGUCUCAAAUUUUAUAAUAACUUUCAGGAAGAUUUUUUUUUUUUUUUUUUUUACAUGACCGCAUUUAAAUUUUAAAAAACUCUGCAAUUGUGUGCCUUCUCUUUGGAGGAGUGUGCCCUCGGCCCUCACCCAGAGGAUGUCUUUGCAAGGGCGUUCAGCAGCCCUGUGUGUGUGUGGGUGUGCUCACUUUAUUGUCCGCACAUCACAGUGGCUCAUUUUGCUCCUGAAGGACUUCUUUACAGUUUUUGACCAAUUGUAUGUGUUGCGGGUUCAGGAGGUGAGUGAAAUAAAGUGUUUUCCCUGGGA